UAAGUUUAUUUCAGUGUGGCCUGUCUGCCCCUGUUUAUGUCUUUUUCUGUGUUUGUUACUUCUAUUUCAAUCUCAAUCAUUUACUCAGUGGUAUGACAAAUAGAUUAUGUGCGGGUCUUUUGGGAACAAACAGUAAUUUCAGCAUAUUUACACAACUCUGGCACUUCAUAGGUUUCUCAACUCAACUUUAGGGUCUCAACUUGACUUCUGAAGUCGCUGGAGGAAUUGGUCAAAGAAGAUCUGAAGAAGUUUCAGUGGCACGAUGUCAACAUCUGAAAUGGAUGAUGUAGAAGAACUCCUUCUGAAGUCACUGGAGCAACUGGACAAAGAUGGUCUGAAGAAGUUUCAGUGGCACUUAAAGAAACUUAAGUGUAUAUCAUCGUCUGAAAUGGAGGAUGCGGAUCGGUUAAAAACAGUGGAUAAACUGGUGGCAUUUUAUAGACUAGAAGAAGCUGUGAAGAUCACGGUCAGCAUCCUGAGGAAGAUAGGCCAGAACAAUCUGGCUGUUCAGCUGGAGGACGAACACAAGCAAGGUUCUGCUGAGGACAGUACAGCUACAAAGAUCUUGAAGGACAAGCUAAAACAGCACUGUGAGCGGAUAUUGGUUGGUAAUUCACAGACGGGUGAAAAUAAAUACCUGGACGAUAUUUACACUGAUUUAUAUGUGGUGGAGAAUCAGACUGGAGGAAGAUCAAAUGAACAUGAGGUGAGACGUAUCGAAUCAAAUCACAACAGACUGACUGCCAAGGACACGCCGAUCCAGUGUAAUGACAUGUUCAAAGACGAUAUGGGUCGACAAAACAGAAAAGUGCUCACAGUGGGGAUUGCAGGAGUGGGAAAAACUGUCUCUGUCAAUAAAUUCAUCCUUGACUGGGCUAAAGGUAAAGAAAAUCAAGAUAUAGUCUUCAUUUUUCCACUCCCAUUCCUUGUGCUGAAUUUGAUUAAAAAAAAGAAGUACAGUCUCAUGGGAUUGCUUAACACAUACUGCUUUAGUGGCCUUACAGAGCUGACAUCUCUUCCUGAAGAUGGGAAUAAGGUCAUGUUCAUCUUUGAUGGGCUGGAUGAAUGUCGUUUCCCUUUGAGCUUUGAAGAGGGUGACGGCUUUACAGAUGUUAAUAAGAAAACAACAGUGAGUAAGAUAGUUACAGCCCUAAUCAAGAGACAUCUGGUUCCCUCUGCUCUCAUCUGGAUCACAUCCAGACCAGCAGCAGCCAGUCUGAUACCCCGAGAAUACAUCGAUCAGGUGACAGAGGUACGAGGAUUCAAUGAUGAGCAGAAAGAGGAGUACUUCAUCAGAAACAGCAGUCCUGAGGUUGCUGAAAACAUCAUCCGUCACAUCAGAAAAUUCAGAAGUCUGUACAUCAUGUGUCACAUCCCGGUCUUCUGCUGGAUCUCUCUCACUGUUCUUCAGCCUCUGCUGGUUCAAGAGAGCAAUGACAAAACACCUACAACCCUCACAGAGAUGUACACAAACUUUUUACUUUGUCAGAAGCAGCAGAUGAAAAUAAAAUAUUGCAAGGAUCCUAAAACUAAGGCUGAAGUCAUGUCUUUUGAUGAUAUUAUUCUGAAGCUUGGGAAACUGGCCUUUAAACAACUACAGAAAGGUAAUCUGAUUUUCUACAAAGACGAUCUUGAGGAGUGUGGACUAGAUGCCAUUGAAGGUUCUGUGUACUCUGGGUUAUGCACCCGGAUGUUUCAGGAGGAAAAAUCUAUGUCAGUGAGAAACAUUUACAGCUUCAUUCAGCUCAGCAUCCAGGAAUUACUUGCUGCUCUCUAUGUGUUUUUCAUUAACAAAAAAAAGAAGGAAAACCCAUUUCUCGAAUCCUGGAAAAAACUGUCAUGUAUCCUGUCAACAAAGUCACUGUUUGAUCUUCACAAAGCUGCAGUCAAUGAGGCUUUACAAAGUGAGAAUGGGCACCUGGACCUCUUCCUCCGAUUCCUCCUGGGUCUUUCAGUGGAGUCCAAUCAGAGAGACCUGAAGGAACUACUGCCAGGAUUGGAGCUCAAAACAGAGGACACCAAAGACACUGUUGACUAUAUAAAAAAGAAAAUUGAGAUGGAGGAAUCAACAGAGAGGACCAUCAAUCUCUUCUACUGUCUGAAUGAACUGAAAGAUGACUUUGUGGAGGAAAUCCAGAAGAAUCUGGGCUCUGGAAAACUUUCAGAGCAGAAUCUCUCCUCUGCUCAGUGGUCGGGUUUGGUGUUUGUGCUCCUCAUGUCAGAAGAAACUCAAGAGAAGUUUGAACUGAAGAAGUACAGAAGAUCUGAUGAAGCACUGAUGAGACUGCUGCCAGUCAUCAAAAACACCAGAAGAGCACUGCUACAAUGCUGCAAUCUCCCUGCUCAGUCUUGUGAGAGUGUGUCUUCAGCUUUACAGUCAUCAAACUCCAUUCUAAGAGAGCUGGACCUCAGUAACAAUAAUCUGAAGGAUUCUGGAGUGAAGCUUCUUUCUGAUGGACUGAAGAGCAAAAACUGCCAGCUGGAGAUUCUGAGACUACAGAGCUGUGAUCUCACUGCUCAGUCUUGUGAGAGUUUGUCAUCAGCUCUACAAUUACCAAACUACAUGCUGAGAGAGCUGGACCUGAGUAACAAUGAUCUGCAGGAUUCUGGAGUGAAGCUUCUUUCUGAUGGACUGAAGAGCCCAAGCUGUCAGCUGGGGAUUCUGAGGUAA